AUAAAAAAAAACAAACGUAAGAAAAAAGAUACCUUCAGAUACGUACCUUAUAUUUUACAUAGUAACUGUUCAAUGGCCAUACUGGCGAUUCAAGCCAACUAGAGUAAAGAUAGUUUGCAGAUAACAACUCGACUAUGAUGCAAGAGAAGUUGUGAUAUUUCCGACGCAAAGUUUUCGCGCAAUCUCGCAGUCAGGGCAAAUUCAUCGAAUACAACAGCGAGAAAUAGGGAAAGGAUCUCAUGUAACGGUAACACUGGUGCGCGGAAUAACACAAUCUUUCCGUCUGAUACACGCGUGUGCCGGUAUCGCUCGCCGGUACCGUAAGGCAUUAACCGUUCGGGUCCGCCAGAUUAAAGGCCACCGAUUGCCGUUGCUUGUAGCUAUUUGCAUAUCGCCCCUGCCGAACCUAACAUUGUUCGGUUCGCAAAGGUACACGCGGACCGCUACUACCGGAUUAGAACUCGCAAAUUGCGCUUCUCGUAUCCGGAUCACGAAAGCGAUCGCUAUCGCAACACUUAUCGGUGUAUGCACCGUAAUCCGGACUUUCCGCUGGCGAGAAUCAUAAAUCACAGCGUGCCCGUCUCGCAACGUGACUUGACUCAUUUUUAAACGUCCAUACUCAUCAGAUAUGUAGGUCAAGCCAACGCGGUAUCCUCUAAUAUAAAUUUAGCGGUUUCUUUAUUCAUUUGCAUUGUUAAAUAGAAAGAUGAUGCGAAGAUUAAAGUAAACUUAUUUCAUUUCAGAAAAAAUUUUAGUAGAAACUCGUACUGGCCGUGUAGCGAAUUUUAAAGUUAUAAGCCAAGAUAGAACUGUGAGUCCAGAGCGGGGAUCGGUAAACUUUUCCUAUAAAAAGGUCAGAUGAUAACUGUUUCAAACUUUGUGAGUAUGUACUUAUAUAACAAGAGAGAAAACAAUUUCCCAUAAAGUUCUUGUUAAAAUUUAUAUAAUGUUAAUUCUAGUUAUUUAAUUUCAUUUUCAAUAACAACAAUUACGCGAGUCACACGGAAAGUAGAGCUUGGCUCCGCGAAUCGUUUCGUUUGCCGUUCACUGAUGCAGAAUGCGGGAAAAAAUUCCAAGCGGGCGAUGCAAGAGCCAUUUCGAUCGGUACGAUCUAUAGGCAGUCGCGAAUACGAUCGUUAACGCAACCGUUAAUGGACCGCGCGUAAUCCCGUCUCGCGUGAGUGAAAGUAAGAUGCUCAUUAGCGGAUAUCGCGUAUUCACCAGACACCUACGCAACCGCGGCGCAAGAUUGUUCGAUUGCCGUGACGAAUCGUCGUAGUGCGCGACGUAACGUAACAUGCUACCUACGUGCGGCGCGCUCCGGGGGUAUAUGAUAAUAUAAUCAGGAAGUAGUAUGAAAUGUCAAAUCCACCGCGACCCGUACAUGCGUAUGGCGGGACAAUAACUUUGUAACUGUACAAUUGAGCGCCCCAUUCUGUUUAUACUUAUGACGGUACUUGUCGCGCCGUGAUUACUGCCACGCUCGGCGGUCGUAUUAAGAAUUGUUCUCCACGGAGAGAGCGCCUAUUCACUACAAAGCGAGGCAGUUCGAUAAGUCAUGUCUGACGUAUGUACGACACAAAAGUCCGCUGUCGGAUAAAAAAAAAACAAAGAAAAAGAACGUGAGUUUGCAUCGGUCGCGACGGACGGACGUGGCAUUUUCCCGUGCGUUUUCAUUUAUCUCGGGCAAUCGUACAUUUCGUUACUCACGUUAACGCACGAAGCGGUUUGGACUGCCAUGGGAGUUAUGGUUGCCGGUCAUCGUAUAUUUUGAUUGGAAUCGUGCCGGCGCAACGAUAAUUGCGGGCUCCUCAAACUCACUCCGUAAUCAACGAUCUUUUUUAAAAGAAUUUAUUACAUUGGUUUAUAGCGUGAUUAAUACUUUUAGUACUGAAUUUUGACUCGGAUGUUUACGGCGGUAUUUAAAAUGUUUAAUCCAAUUGUGGGUCAAUGAAUGUUGCCAUCACGUGCAAGGUAAUAAAAAUUAUGAUGAUAAUGACAAAGAUAAGAGACGGCUUUUGAUAUUAAAUAAUUGCGUAAUAUUCCAAUUAAGUUAAACAUUACGCAAUACACUCUGUAAAGAAGAAUAAUAAAGUCGAGAAGUAAUAGAAGCUUGAAGUGGAACACGCGUCACCGACAAGUCUCUCGAUUUUCUUUCGCGCCAAUCAACGUGUGCUAAUGCCUCUUCCACGACUGUCCCUAAUUAUUUUCCAUUUUAUCUAUGCGUGUGGCAUAGUUUUGCGUAAACGUGGUCACCGCCGGCCGUGGGCCCGGCGAACAAAGAAAAUUGCUUGCCGCCAAGGUAGGUAACCGCCGGGAAAACUGGCAAGGUGGGCAGUGGACACGCGGACGGGACUUAUAUGCAUCGGUGCAUGCUGCACGCGAGCCUAGAUACGCGAGGUAGGAGAACUACGGACUCGCCGGCAUUAGUCACCGUUCGGCUUCGGGACGUGUAACGUAGGCACAAGUGAAUUUUCGAUUUCAGCCGACGUGGCCGAUCCAGCGUGUAACGCGCCGCGGCGAAUCCUUCCGUCGCGGGUGAUCGCGAUACGGAAAAUAGCAUGAUCGCAUUGACCGAUCGGACGUAUGAUGUAUGGAGAUAGCGGAACGUCAGUGGUGUUGUCCGUUUCGCCGUGCGUGUGCAUCGCGGAAUUCAAUCGUCUUCGCGCCGUGUCAGCGCGAAAGCCCGACGGCCGAUAGAACUGUCCGAUCGUGAGGUGCGAGCCGAUCCCUCUCUCUCUCUCUCUCCCUCUCUCGAGUAUAUUGUGACAAUAAAUCAUGAAUUUUGUUUCGUGAGAAAGGUACAAGCGAAAACCGACGCGUUUGUUAUGAAAUUUUCAAUGUCAAGAGCGCGUCAUGUUAUUUCGCGUGAAGAAAGUUCCUCUCUCUCGUUCACGGAGCUGUGAACCAUGUAAUCGUAAUUAAAUAGAAAAUAGAACGCGAUGAAAAGAAUACGCUUAAUUAAUACGCUCGAAGCAGCAGUAUCGCGAGCGGUUGUUACGCCAUUGGAAAGCUUCUUUUACAGCGCUCCGAGCACUACGAGCUACAACGUUGCGGAAUAAUACCUGCCGGUACGCAUACGCACGAUAACGGUCCGCUUGUACGCGAAUUCUUUCUCCAAGUCUACGUCGGGAGGAUUAACGACGAGCCUUGAGCAGAAAGACGGACGUUUGUCAAACGAACGGUAUUAAAACGCGGUUGCGAGGAGGCGCUUCCCCCGGGACGUACCACGAGUGCGUUGGCACUGACGUGGGUGGAAAAGUUCUCGAGUCACUGAAUCCGGGAUCAGCGGAGAUAAGCGGUGAACGCGCGAGCGCGAUGAGGAAAGAUCGAUAUUUUAAUUCCAUCACUUUUGCGUUAACGGAAUUUAUAUUUUAUCAGGAUAAAAUAUAAAUCUUGUCAGGAUCAAAUAUAAGACCGUCUUAGAAGAUGUAACAAAUUGCACGCCGAGACUCUGAGGUCGUUGAGAAAAUACACGUUCGAGGGAAAUGUUGAUUGAACGGGAUAAAUAGAAGCGCGGUAGGAAAAAGAAAAAUUGUGUACCUGUUACGUAUACCGAAGCCGUGAUGAGCGGCUGUUUGCGCGAGGGGGAACGGGUCAACUUCCGGAACGCCUCGCGUACGUAAUCCUUCGUGGCGCAGAGCGCUGUCGCGAAACGUUGAUUACAGAUAGGACGCUUCCGCCUUCGGCGGCGACAAUAUCGCGUGGAUAUCGGCACGACUCGGUCUACUAGUUGCUUACAUUUACUUUCUCAAGCUGAAAAACGUUAAUACGAAAUUUUCAAACGAUCGAAAAUUUACUCGUCUUCUAUGGAAUCAAAUUUCUUCUUUUUUUUUUUUAAUUGUAAUACCUGUUUGAUUUAAGUAAAAUUUUGGCAAUAGUACUUGCGUUACAAAAGAGAUACGUUGCAAAAACCUUUUCACUGUUUCUUUCGCCAAACGGAAUGGAAUGUCAAUUUGUCUGUUAAUGCAAAUGAAAAAAGAAAGCAGCGAUUUCCUUUACCGCGGAACACGUCCGCCAGUUUCUUGUGAAAAUUUUGCACCUUAAUCUCGCGCAAUCCGCGACGAUUUUAUCGGUGAAAAAAAGAGCGGUCGGCGCGCAGCUGGCAUUUCCGGAAAGCCUGGAGGCGUCGAUUUCGCAGCCCGAUGAUCCGCACGCAUGAUCGAUUCCGCGCGAGAACAUAGGCCGGAUAGAGAGCGAAUAGACGACGUCGACGAAACUCGUCGAUGCGAACACGAAGAUCCCAUGACGCAAUAUUCCGCGCCGUUGGUUUCCGAUACCGAUGUAAAUGAUCUGGCGUUACGUAAAACACCCCCGCCAACCGCGUUACCGCGUUGAAAUAUAUAGAGAUAACCCGAUCUCUCGCCGAUAGCUGGGUACGAAAUAUUGGAUUUGCUAUCCCCGUUUCAUCGCGCGUCAACGAGGUUUUAAAGCGACUCGUCGCUGCUCGAUAUUCGAACUGUUUAUAGAGCGCUCAAUAAUGAAAGACGCUCUGAAAUAACACGGAGAAUAACGUCGAAGACGUGAAAAUGUCGGUGGUAUGCUUAUCAAUAAUGUAAAGGUUGUAACCGAGACCACCGUCGCGCAUAUGAAAUUUAUGGAAAAAAGUCCUCAGUGCUUUAAAUAUAUCACGUCUUGUUUGCGUAAAAUUUAUAUUUCCCGCUGAAAUUUUCAUAGCUUAAUUUCACGAGCGGUCGCAGCAUUACAAAAAAAAAAACGUUGAAAACGUUUGAUCGCUAAUUUUUCUCGGUUAUCCUCGACGACCGUUUAACGAUACACUCGUACGGUUUAAGGCACACGAGCGAGUUGAGAAGGCGGUAUGUCGUCCAGCCGAUUAAAAGACUCAUGAUUUAUACGGCCUCACGAGGAAUGUUGUAACGUAACGAGCGCGGUUAACGGCUCGCGGGCUAAAGAUUCAGGCCCGGCGCAACGAUCGGUGCAGGAAUUACCUUGGUUGCACGUGUGGGACGAUAGAGCGAGGGACACACCUUACGGUCACCGCACUUCAUUACGUACUAAUUCUUGAGAUUCCUGGGACCGUUCUUCUUGCCGAUCGUUGCCGAAAAAGUCUUUCGCAUCCGCCGGGCGUUUUGGUCGGGCGUUUUGGUCGGACGAGCCUCCAAAUGAGGAUGCGAGGAGGACGCGUACGGGAUCGGAUUCGAGUGGCACCGUCGACAGAACGUGACUCGUCGUAAGACCGACAAUGGAGCUUCUCCAUUCGAUGAAAGCGCUCCUGAUCGUCGCAUUGAUUCGCGUCAGUCCGAGUUUGUGUGACGACAGUGGUGAUUUGUCAACGGAUCGGGCAAGGAACGUCUCCGAGAGAUUCACAUCCACGACUACGUUGACGGUGAACAUACGAGACGAUGACGACCAGGAUCCCUCCUUUAUCUAUCAAGGCUGUAUGCUUUCGGACGGCGCCUGCAUCAAUCCCGAAUACUCCGCAUCGGUAUCGAGCGGGGUACUAUCCGGCAUACUCAAUAUCUCGCCCGAGAAAAUACAGGCGGUGGACAUGGACAGCAUAAAUGCACCGAUUCACUAUUCCUUCCUGAGCGGAAAUCCGCCCAAUUACCGGGAUUUCUUCGAGAUCAGUCCCAGUACCGGGGCAGUAAGGCAAACCAAAGCUGUCGACACGACGGUAACGAAGAAGUUUGAUAUCAUUAUUAAGGCGGUCGAAGUGUCGGAAGCGAAGCGAUCGGCCACUGCUAAAUUAACAAUCACCGUCAAGCCGGUUGACAGCAAUCCACCAGUUAUAACGGCGUCAAACAUCGAAGGUUUCGUCGACGAGAACGCUCCGAUCGGCACAAAGGUCAUCGAUGAAAGCGGAAAUCCCAUUGUGCUCACCGUGUCGGAUGCUGAUCUGGGACCAGACGAUCCGAAACCAGUGUACACCUUCGAGCUGACCACAAAUUUCUUCGCGAUCGAUUCGUCCGGUGUUCUUGUCGUGAACGAGGAGAAUUUGGACCGGGAUCCUCCGAGUCCUGGCCGUUUCCGGUUUCAGGUGGUCGCCCGAGAAAAAACGGGUGUGGCCGCAUCGUCACCUCUGUCGUUUAUCGUGACGUUGAACGACGUUAACGACAACGCGCCUCUGCUUCCGAUGAUGGCACCCAUCACCGUUCAAGCGGGAGAGACAAAGAGACAAAUAGCAAAGGUGGAGGCUACGGACAAUGACGAGGGUGAAAACGCCGAGAUAACGUACAGUAUCUAUCACGUGUCGAACAAUGGCUUUCACAAGUUCAAAAUAGAUCCUAAGACCGGAGUUAUCGAAUCCGUGAGAAAACUGAACGCCGGCGAGCAGUACAGCAUCACCGUGCAGGCUACCGACAAGGGUGGCAAGUACUCGCAGACAAUCGUCGAGGUGAACGUCAUUCCCGGACCCAACACCAGAAGCCCUGUGUUCCAGCAACCGGUGUACGAGGUGCAAGUCAGCGAGGGGGCCUCCAUCAAUUCUACAGUCGCGACUAUCACUGCCAUUGACCCAGAAAACGAUCCAGUGUCGUACUCGAUAGUAUCGGGGAAUGACUUGCGCCAGUUUGCGAUCGGCGACAAAUCAGGCGUUAUUACCGUUAUAAGGAAGUUGGAUAGGGAGGACCUGACCCGGUAUCAGUUGUUAAUAAAAGCCGAAGAUACCGGCGGUCUCUACAGCACUGCGACGGUUAAUAUUAUGGUCACGGAUAUUAACGACAAGAACCCGGAAUUCGUGGGUCUCCCUUAUGAAUUUACUGUGAAGGAGGGCGAGGCGCGUAAAUUGAUUGGCCGCGUACAUGCCGAAGACGCCGACGAAGGCAUAAAUGCGGAGAUCACCUAUUUCGCGCCCGAUGAUAUUCCUUUCACCGUUGACCCCGAGACUGGCGAUGUCUUGACGAAGAUAGUAUUGGACUACGAGCAGAACGACGAAUACAAAUUCGUAGUAACGGCGAGGGAUGGAGCCCCCGAUUACCGUUUGGCAACCGCGACAGUCACGGUGAAAGUCGUAGACGUCGAGGACGAAGUUCCGGUCUUUCACCAAAGCAGUUACGAGGCACGUGUCAAGGAAAACGUGCCGGAUUAUAAUGUAAUUCAAGUUACGGCCGAUGAUCCGGACACAAAGAAGCAAAUUACGUACAUGAUCAAGCAAGGGGAUACCGAACUCUUCAGCAUAGACCCGAAGACUGGAGUGAUAAAAACUGUCCGCGGUCUCGAUUACGAAAGCCAGAGCCAGCACGUACUUAUCGUAGGCACCGAGGAGAACACCAGCGAUUUACCCGGCUCCACCACCCGCGUUGUUAUUAAUGUUCAGGACGUAAACGACAUUCCACCGGUAUUUACGUCGGUACCGCGUCCGAUUACGUUGGACGACGACGUCCCUAUCGGAACGACCGUGAUACAUCUCGUCGCUGCAGAUUCCGAUGGCACCGCGCCGGGAAAUCAGGUUCGAUACGAGAUCAUUGGCCGCGGUAUCGCCAGCAAGUAUUUCGUAAUCGAUCCCGACACCGGUGUACUCCGAAUACGAGACGACUUGCGCAAGGAGACCGACUCCGAGUAUCAGGUCGACGUGCGUACAUACGAUAUGGGAGAGCCGCAGUUGUCGUCCGUGACGACCGUACCGGUCUACGUACGUCACGUGGCGACGGUUCCCCCGGAGAUCGGUUUAGGUUUUGCGGAGAACUCGUACAACGUCGAGGUACCCGAGGACGCGGGUGACAACACGCUAAUAAAGAUAAUCACCAUUAUCAACAGUCACGCGCACGACACCACGCCGCUCAAGUGCGAGAUUUACAGCGGCAAUGAGGAAAGCCUGUUCGACGCGAAUGUCACGGAGGAACGAAAUUGCGCGCUGAGAUUGAAGAAAGGAGCGCUGGAUUACGAGACGACGGAAUCUUACCAGAUUAAGAUCAAGCUGGAAUCACUCUCGGGUCUUUUAAAUUCAGGCAGAAAUACGACGAUGGUGAAAAUCCAAGUGCUAGACGUAAACGACAACAAGCCCGAGUUUAUCUUUCCGGAGGCAAGUCAGAAGCUUACGAAGGGACGUUACUUCGCGGCGAUUCCAAGCACCGCGCAAUUCGCGUCCACCGUCGCGUCCACCGUCUUACAGGUGAAAGCCCACGAUAAAGAUAAUGGCAAGUACGGCAAGUUGGAAUACAAGAUCCUGGAAGGGCGAGGCUCCAGUUACUUUGCCAUCGACAGUUCUACCGGGAUAAUUAGAACAACCGCGACGUUUGACCACGUGGAUACAUCCGAGCUUCCCUUCAAGUUCGACGUUCGCGUGCGCGACAAUCCCAACUCGACCGACUACAAUUCUAUCGUCGCGCCAGUGAUCAUCAAUCUAAUUGGGGAAGAGAACCUGAUGAUCCUGGUGGUGCAGGACGCGGCACCUGACGUGCUGCAAAAGGAGACCGGCAAAAUAGCGAACGUAAUCGAGCAGAAAAGCGGUCUGCUGAUCGGCAUCGAUAAAGUCACGGUGAGGAAGAUUCUCACGAAGAACGGCACCAUCGAGAUGUUUCCGUCGGACUCUGACGUGUGGUUCUACGCGGUCGACCCGGACACCGAGGCUAUAUUGAAUAGAAACAGCACCAAAGUGCAGAGGCACAUCACAGAUAAAUCGGCCAUGUCAAACAUCACCUUUGACGUAUCUACGGCAGUGAGGGCAAAUGCCAUCGACAUUCACGCACCCGUGAUGCCACCCGAGCCGGUGCGAACACAAACGGCAGUCGCAUUCAGUGGCGAGGUAUUCCCGUACGCGCUGAUCAUCAUCGCCUGCGUGAUCCUGAUCCUAGGCAUCGCCGGUAUCAUAUACAUAUGUGUCUCCUGGUCCAAAUACAAAGCGUACAAGGAACGUAUGCAGCGGAUGUACGUGGUGCCGCGGUACGAUCCGGUCUACGUAGAACCAAAUUUGAAGGAAUACGAGACGCAAGUGCUCCAGAUGAGCGUGCCAGUCGACGACAACGACAGCUGCAACGAUUUACAAUUGGACUUUAGCAAUAAGAAUCACGCGUUCAGCUUGGACAAUGUCAGUUACAUCACCAAAGAUCACGGAGACAGUACUGGCCAACAAAGUCCCGUUAGCUCCGAGGCAGCGACCACGGCACGAGCGUCCAGUAUCGUCGGCAAUCACGGCGACACUAAUAUCCAUUCCCUGCGACGGUCCACGCUGGGUCGAAAAAAUCACAGCGCGAGCAACACGAACACCCUGAAUAAUCGCGACGCGACCCCGGUACUUAAUCCCUUGUACAAUCACGGCGGUGAUCUGCUAAGCCCUAGUCCGUCCAAUGACAACGUCACCUUCCGGGAAAGAAAGGAUUACUCGCACCUCGGAUUCACGUAUUUGGGCGAGCAAAGUCCCGUGGAGACCACGACGGAAUUGUAAGUCUCAUCCGAGAUAACAGAGAAACGAUGUGCGAACGUUGAUCAUCUUCGAAAGACUGUCGCCGAAUUAUUAAUACGUAUCCGUGAAAGAGAAAGGUAGAGAUGUAGUCCCGUAAACGAUGGUUUACAAGCGCGUUCCGUAAUUUUUAUUUUGAUACAUCGUAUAUACACGAAUAGACAAAUAACUGUGAUGAACAUGACAUUUUUCAUAUCAAAGUUCAAUCGAUAGUAAGUUAUUUGAAUGUUCAAAAUUCCUAUUCGUAAAAAAUCCUGCCAAUCAAUCUCACAAUAUUUACAAUAUUCACCACAUACGUUCACCCGUCCUUUGUUCGCAAAGUGCGGACGUAAUUUUUGCAUUUUAACAAAUGCGUGAGAUGUGACGACGAGAGGAUUCGGAAUAUUCAACGUCGUAUAACUCGCAUUUUUUUUCUGACGCGUGAAGCAACCCUAAAGCGCCAUACGAAGAGCAUGUGAAAGCUUAUAAAUAGUUGAAUAACUUUGUACCUAUAUGCUUUUCCUUUCAUAUGUCAUCUUCUGAAUGUGUACCAAUGCCUGUGUGCUGAUUCAGUGCGCGCAAUGUAGCUGCGGAAUUCUCGGCAGGACACACAUUCUGAACGAGUUGCACCGUGUGUGAUAUCCAUAAAAGAGCAGUGUUAUAGCGUUCAGAUAUAGCGGCGGAACAAGGCCGUGAAAAUAUCGCGCGCGUAAAAGAAGCGACUGAAAGAGGGCACGGAUAUCCCUUAGAGCUAACCGAUAUUCCGUGUGAUUUACUUUCAAUCGAGUAUCGCAUUUUCGCGUUGAAGCUGAUAGAAUUUUGCCAACAAAUGCAUGAUUACGCAUGAUUAUGCAAGAUUACGAAUAAUGCCUCGAAUUAAUUAUUGUAAGCUAUUGUUACUGCAUACCAGAUACCAGAAAGUUGCAUUAAUCGAGUCUCGACUAAUAAUUUCGGAGAUGUUUCUCGUAUUUCGCGGAGAUUUGUGUGGGCUCUUGUCCGUUAAUGUACAUUUUAAUCAUAGGGGAUGAAAGAGAGAGAGAGUGUGUGUGUAUGUGAGUGAGAGAAAGCAAAAAUACCAUUACGGCUUGAAUUGUACACGGAAAGGAUAAUUUUGCUAAAAUACAGAUCUAAAAAUAAUUACGUUGAACCAUUAAAAAUUUAAGCUAGUUACUAAAAUGUCAAAAUUUUUUGCAGCAGUAUCAUCAUGCUGUGGAACGUCUUACACAAGUAUUUUGAUACACCAACAUAAAAUUAUUUUUUUUUAUCUGUAUCUAGCUAAAUUUGUAGAUACUGCAAUAAAAUUAUUCUUUCCGUGUACGAUUCAAAGUUCGUAGCUGUAAUAUUGCUGUAAUACUUGCUAUAUUGUACGAACGGCGUGUACUUGUGAAUGUGUGUUCUCCACGCGAGUCACUAUCGACUCGCGCGACCUUGUAAAUGAUCGACUCCGAUCGCGUUGUGUACUAUAAUACCCUUUUUUAUUUAUACGAUCGCAAGUUUGCUCAUGUCAUUCUAUUGUAAUCACAAUUAACCGGGACGAUGACGAUGGUGCAUACUGUUUGUACGUGAUCGCAAGGAUACCGUUGAAGUUUUAUAACAGCUGUUGCGCGCUUCUGCCGCGACCUGCUCGCCUCUCGUUCACACGACCGUACCGGCGGUAAUUAACGACUGCCACGCGGAGAACGCGUCAUCGACACCCGCGACGACGCGAGUGGCGGAGUGCGCACUUAAUUAGGCACGCCUAAUUGUUCAUUUCCUCUACGUAAUUUCGACCGCGCGCUAUUCGACUUUGUGGGGUCAAAGGUUCUGCUGAUCCGCGGGAAGGCGUGAAAUGGCGCUAAGAGAAAUUAAAGUGUAGUAUGAUACGACUUGAUUGAAUGCAUAUCUCUAGUCGUAUGUAGCGGGCGUCCACUGCCGUGCAAUUUGUAAGCGUUUUAUACUUGGAAGAGAGAGAGAGAGAGAGAGAGAGAGAGAGAGAGAGAGAGAGAAAUAUCACGUGUACGUGUUACAAGUGUUCUCCGAUUAUAUUGCGUUGAUACUUUUACUCAUAGUUGUAUAAUAUUUAAGCGCGAAUUCUGUAAAAAAUUGUUAAUACCUAAUAAUAAAUUUAUUAUAUUUACAUAA